ACGGACCUCUUUAUAAUUAUGUUAAGUAAUUCAUAAAUCUAUUUAAAAAUAUUUGAUUCGUUUCAAAUUACAUAAUUAAAUUAAUUUUCAUCAAACAUCACCAAAAUGCUGAUGGCGUUAAAUCGUCAUAUGUUGCAUAAUAGUCUUUUGAAGUUUCAACAACACAUAGCAACCUCCAGUAAUACAUUAAAAGUUGUUGCUUCAAAUGCGGUGGCUAAUAACAAUGGAUUGACUCAAACAAUUAAAAGAUCUAGUUCAUUUCAACAACAAUCGUCUUCUUCAGACAGUGAAGGAGAUGACACUUUAAAAAACAACCCAUAUUAUACAGCUUAUGCUGAGAAAUUGCAAGAUCUUAAAAAGAAAAAUGCUAGUGCCUACAAAGAAGCAUUACAACGCUUGCGUAAAAAACAACAAGAAAAUGUUAAUUCUGUUGAUGCGGCAGAAGUAAAUACUCCGAAAGUUGUGUCUGACAAAAUUAGCAGUACUGAAACUAAACCACAAGCAAAACCAAAACGAAGACCAUCCCAAACACUACUAAUCAAACCAAAAACUUUAGAUCAAGUUAUGAACAUAGAAUUGCUACGUGACAAAUCAUGGCGAGAUGUAACUGAAAUAUGGUUGGCAUAUCAUAGGACACGUGAUGAAACUUUGAGUGCAGUUAUUCCUUUAAACCAGUUUGAACAAUUUUAUAACCAAUCUAUUAAAUAUCCGAUGUUCAUAUUACCACUCCCACGCAACACUAGUGGUUACGAGUUCAUAUUUGCCCAGUUCCAGCACUAUCAAGAGCAUUCAACAUCUAAUUGUACAGUUCACUUGACACCAUUGAUUAGUUAUCAGACGUUUAAAGAAAAUGCACCUGAGUGUAUGACCAUUGAAUAUUAUACUGACCUUUGCAACAGUGAUAAAGCUAUUGAAAACGGUGAAUCUGAUAAUGAAUCAUAUGUCUUGAUGAGAUCUACGUAUGAUGGAAAACUAUUAUCUGCUGCUGAAGCAGCUUGCCUUGUCAACCAGUUGCGUAUAUUUUACGGUGUAGAUUCUGGAGUCACAGACAAAGAAAAACUUUUGAAAUCAUUCAAUGAAGGAGACGUAACGUUCAAACACUCAGACGUAAUUGCUCUAGUAGAAACCUUGAGCAUUUCAUAAUAUAAAUUAUUUAAUAACAGUGGCGAGUGUCUCUCAAACAUAGAACUUUUAUUUUAAUUCUAAAGUAGGAAUACAACCAACGUGUGUGUUUAAAAUAAAAAAUAUUACCUAGCAAUAA